GGGCUGCGCCAGCGCUCAAUUACUAAAGGGCUCUCCCUCGAGGGAGGCGUGACUGUCGUUGAGCAGAGAACCAAUCGUAAGCCGUCAACUGCCUGUCUAGCUUACCCGGAUGUUACUGGAAGCACCUCCCGACCUUUAAUCUUCCGUUUUUGGUUAGAUGUAGAUGCGCUUCUUUCGUCUCGGCUGGGGCGGAGGGGGUGCUUACGUGCUCGAACUGGGUCUUCCGCCCAACGGCUUAACCGCUGUGCUCUUGUGUCGCCGCCAUUUUGUUCCUUUCGCUUAACCAGCGACUUGAGCCCUGAAGCGACCGCCCGUUUUCGUUGGAACGAUGGUGUGGCCCAACCUGGGGAGAGGCCACCGCCGCGUCCUUAGGAAUCCCCGAAACCUCACGCCGGCGGAAGCGGCCGGGCCCCACGGGGCAGAAGCGCUGAGGUAAGAAUCCAGCCCACCAGCCAUGGAGCCGAGAAGGGAGCGGCAGCGGGCGGCCCCUCGCCUUGGCGCUUGUCCGCCCUCUUUGUCGCAGCCCGAAGCUGACGCCCCGUUUUCGUUGCUGCGGCUCAUCUCGCAGCUGCUGCAGCGCCUCCUGUUCAGUCCGGUCACCCCCCUCUUCUGGCUUCAGUCCGAGGCCCACGCCACCGGACUGCCUCCCCUGAUUGCCGUCCAGCACCAGCUGCGCCUGGUCUCCUCCUCCUACGUCCUAGGCGGUGCGGACCAGAGCUCGCUGCCGGGACCUCUGAGCGCUUCUUGGGAGGAGGUGCCCGAGACCCGGUCCGCGCCCUCCAAGUUCCCGGAGAUCCUGCAGCAGGUGCAUUUGCGGGGGAGUAAGGCCGGGCUCGACGUGCAGGAUGCCGAUGCCGGCUACCAUAGCUUGGAGGUAGAGGAGCAACAGCGGGAUCCCUGGGCCCCGAGAGACUCGUUGUCUGCGGAUUGUUGUGAGGAAGCGCAGAAGCACCCAGAUACCGAGAAUAUCUGUGGGCGUCAUGAUGGGGGGAGUUCAUGUGAGGAUGGAGCUGGCGAGGCCAAGUCCGUUUCCGAUGAGGACUCUGAUAUAGAGCAAGACAUACCUGUGGCAGCCAGACCUGCAUGUACAAAUAAGCUGAUAGAUUACAUCCUGGGGGGUGCUUGCAGCGGGGAGGAGAGUGCGGGGGAGGAAGAAGACUGGGAUGGGGAGGAGGAAGAUGAUGAUGAUGAUGAUGGGUUUGACAGCGAGGGCUCCCUUUCUGAAUCGGAUUCGGCCAGCCAAGAUGGGGAAAGCAUUCACUUGUGGAACUCUUUCUGUAGCCUGGAUCCUUACGAUCCUCGGAAUUUCACAGCAGCAAUUCAGACUUCUGAGAGUGCAUCUGAGAAAAUGUCACCUGGUGACUCAGAGGAGGUAGAGGAUUCUUCCUCAUGGACUGAAAGUUCCUGCGAGGAAGACGAAUGGGAGGCUAGUAGCAUAGAUGAAUCAGAAAACUUGAAAUUAUGGAACUCCUUCUGUAACUUAGAGGAUCCUUACAACCCCUUCAACUUCAAGGCACAAUUUCAGACUGCAGAAAAGAAAGGGAAAAGUGACUUGAAAGGACCAACAGGGAUAUGCCUUGGCCCUUCUCAACAUAGUAUCUUGGUUAGCUGUCAGGUCCACCUGCUUCAUAACAGAGACACUGAGGUUACAGAAAAUGUGAAGUAUGGUAUCCUUUCUAGAAACAAGUCUAAGAAGAAGAAAAAGGUAACCUUCCUUGAAGAAGUUACUGAGUAUUAUGUAAGCAAUGAGGAAGAUCGCAAAGGACCCUGGGAAGAACUUGCCCGUGAUGGGUGCCGGUUCCAUAAAAGAAUUCAAGAAACUGAAGCUACUAUUGGAUAUUGUUUAACAAUAGAGCACAGGCAGCGAAUAUUUAAUAGACUCCAAGAAAUUUUAUGAAAGGCUUGAUGUUUUCUAGCACCUUAAUAAAGUAUGAAAUUUAAAAGGUGAUGCAUUUUAAUGACAGUUUUGAGCAGCUUACAACAGCUUUCCAUUUAAAAUGACAGCUGCCUACAGUGAUGUAAAAUUGAAUGACAGUAGUUUAAUACUACAUCUCAAUACACUGCAACAAAUAAUGCUGUAUGUAUCUGGAUGCAAUUCCAUUUGGUGUCAUCAGGCAUGAUUAGUGCAUAGCUGUUCCCUUCUAAAACCAAGUGUAUCUGCUUUGGCAGAAGCCAAUCCAGAGAUGUUUCUCUUUGCUUAUGCAAAGUGCACUCUCUUAGACACAUAAGACAGACAGAUGUAUGAGUGUGGAAUUUUUGCACUUUUUAAAAGGGAAAAUAUUUUGAAGUAUAUUUAUUGGGUUUGGAACCCAGCAAUGCAGUUCUGAUUUAAAGUUUGCUAAUAGCAGUCUGUUCUCUUUACUUUUGAACUCAUGUGUAACAAACAUUGUAUUGUAUUUUAUUCUUGAAUCUAGCUUUAUCCAUCCUUUAUAGAGGUAUUUCUCUUAUCAACAGUUUUUAAUGUUUAAAAUGCCAAGAAUGGUACAUGUUUUGAUGCAUUUUUGGUUUUAAAGUAUUUGCUUGUUCUAAGAUCUGCAAAAACCUGCUUUUGUAUUGGUUUUUUAUUGCAGUAGGAUGCUGCAUAUUUGCAGUAAAUUGGCAAACUAACAUAUUUAUCUGUUAUGAGCAACAAUCUUGAGUUUAGACUGCCAAGGAAGAAGAAAAAAUAAGGCUUUUAAUAUUUGGCUCUCAGUAAUUCUAAUAGGAUGCUAAUAUAGCAUUCCACUAUUAAGGAUGGAUUGCUGAAAUUCUACAGCAGUUCUAUUUACUCCUAUUUAUAAAGGCACCUUUAAUCAGCUGAGCACUAUAGAAAAUAAAAGCAUGACAUUGAUUUGAUUGCUGUCUGCUCUAGUACACAGAUAUCUAUAAAGUGAUAGUAAAUAUGAUUUAGUCAUGUUUACCCAAAAUCAGUAUUAAUAUUAUUGCUUACAAUAGCAGCGUAACUAUUUGUAAGGAUAAUUCAGUAGCUGAUUCUUGAUGCAUUAACAUUAUUAUGUUAUGUAGCUGUUGGUCAAAAUAAAUGUUUAUGUUAUCAACAGUUGGAAGCACAUUUGGAUUACAAACAACAAUUUAAGAGGCCUCAAUAAGCCAAUCUAUAUAGCCCAGUCCAGUGCUAUUGGAGUAAAUGUAGCAAUUCCUAACUGUUUUAUUCAGUCCUAUAUAAAUCAGUGCUUCGGUGGCAAAGAACAUCCAUUGCUUCAGUAUGCUACUUUUUGUAGUAACACUAACAAAUAUUAUGAUAAACUGAUGCAUAAAAUAAUGCUCAACUCUUUUUAAUUUAAAGCCACACAAACAUAUUGGAAUUGGAAUAAACUAUCGUGCUUAUUAUAAACACUGAAAUAUUUCUGUUUUAGUAAAUUCUACUAGGAUAAGUAGUUCUAAAAAAAACCCUAUUUUAAUACAAUACAUUCAGGGAGGGAAGAUUACAUACAUAAGUGUUCCUGAGUUUUGAUAGCUCUCAUUAACAGAAUGCUUUAGUUUAGAUCUUACUUACCUUAAAGUGAUGUUGUUGAAGAAUAUAGUCAGGAAUGGACUGCUGUAGAAUUUCUUUGGGUAAUCUAGAGCUUUUAUUAAGGCUGAAAUCCUAUAUACGCUCACCUGGGAUUUAGUCAUAUUUGAACUCUGAACUGGGCUAUGUCAGGAAAAAAAGACCUUUUUCUGUUAAGGACCACAUUCCCUUGGAGGUAAUCUCAUGGGGUUGUAUGCUGGCAGUGUGUGAAACCUCCCCAUCUUCUCUCCCUUCCCUCUGGUAUGAAAUUUGCAAAGGGCUUCUCUCCCCCAUCCCCCCAUGCACAGCUCAUUACAAGGUGACAGGUUCAUCUCAAUAGAAAAAUUUAAUGAUUAUACUGAGAAGAGAAAAUCUCACUUUGAUAAUAUUUAAGUAUUGUGUUUUACUAGUCAUCUGCAGACUAUUGAGUGGAAAGAAGAUUCUGGUUCUCAGUUGGAAGCCAUAAAACAAAACAAAAAUAGGAUGGCAGAAUUCCCAAAAUAUAAAUAUUCCAUUUUCAUAACUUUCUCUUUCCCUAGAAAUAUUUAAUGGUGCUAAAUGGUGGCGAUGAAAUACAUCUUUCAGCUUGCUUCUGAGUAGCGAGACAUGAAAACCUGCUACUCUUAAAACUUUAAAUCAAAACUGUAAUUGAUCAGAAUUUUAUUUUUAUAUCAUUUUAGGAAGGCAAAGAUAGAGCCAGAUAACACCUUUCACUUUAUACAGAUUUAAAUGGAUUUGAUUGUGUAUCAUUGGGAUUUUAUAUUUAAAGUUAUAUUUUCUGUAUAUAAUAAAACAAUUUCCAACUAAUCUGUAAAAUGUAAUAAAGACUUUGCAAGUUA